UGGGCUCAGGACAUCUGACACAAAAAGAUGUUUUCCUCUUGUGUGCCGAGUUUCCGGGGCUCUGGGUAUCAGAAACCCCAGGAAAAUGGCUUGUUCCCAUGCUGUAGACAUUGGCUGAAACCACCCCCCCGAUGCCUCAACACAUUUAGAGGGAGACGCCAUAAGAACGCUCCAGAGGACAUGGUGCAGGAGCUGAAUGUCGACAUCCCCUGCUCUCCUUCCUCGAAUGACAAGAAGCCGCACAGGGCCAACAGAGUCUGGCGCUGGCUCAGGGGGAAAAAUCGUUCAACCAGGAAGAGGACGAGGACCUCACUGCUGAUGGCAGAGCGGGCCGACAAGCUGGAGGCCGCAAUAGAUCACCUGGUGCCUGCCGUCCUCAGACAAGAUCUACACUGUGUCCACAUCUUUCUGGACACAUACGACACCUUUGCCAGCACCGAGGAGGUGCUGGACCAACUAUGUGCAAGAUUCGGAUGCUAUUACUCCACGUAUGAAGAGGUCAAGAGAUCCCAGGAGCAGCGCGACAUGGCCAUCUAUGCCAUCCUAAACAUCUGGGUGGAAAAGUAUCCAGGGGAUUUUGUGCAGCCUCCGGCGUUUCCCAGCUUGCAUACGCUGCUGGCCUACCUGCAGGUCUAUGUGCCGGGCUCGGACCUGCAGCGCCGUGCCCAGCUUCUGCUGCCAGAAAGGCAAUGCCCUCCCAGAAAGACCACGGAGCCAGAGGCUGGGGCACCGGCCCCAGAGCCAGAUCAGGAUGUGCCUCGGGAAGUUGUUCCAGCAGCCACUCUGGCACCCGCUGCACGUCUGGGGCCUGACCUGGCCCCCGCCAUCCCUGCUGCGGCAGCUCACUAUGGGUUAGGAAGACCAGUGACCCCCCCUGAGCCGUUGGGGCCAGGGCAGAUGGUCGUCAGGGCCCUCGUUCACUUCUCUGCGACAGAAGAGCCACCUGGCCUUUUGACUUUUCUGGAUGACCAGCAGGGUCCAGCCCCCGAGCUGCCGCCCCCUGCCUCCGUGGAGCAAGCAGGCUUGGCCCCCGAGCUGCCACCCCCUGCCUCCCUCGAGCAAGCAGGCUCGGCCCCCGAGCCGCAGCUUGUGCUGGCUGCAGCUCCAGAGCAUGGCUCCCCGUCCCCCGUCAUUUCCUUCUUUAUAUUUGUGUUCUGUGUUCACCUCUAUAAUUACUUCAUAUAUUUUAUUAAUUAA